ACUUUUUAUGGUGUCUUCCCGGAGGAAGUGCUCAAAAGGCUUGUUCGGUUGCAAGUGCUCUGAUGAAAUUGCAUAACACCCGGUUAAAGGUUUUGCAGAAAGAGCUUCUCCAAGAACUUCCAACACUAGUCAACUCGAUGGCAGUUUCUGUUGCUACAGCAAUCACGACCACAACGGAUCUUGUACGCAAGAGCGUGGCAGUUGAAUCACAUGUCGGAGGAACCACAAUUCGAGUUUGGGGGUGUGGCAAAAAGGCCUCCGGGAUGAUCCAUCCAAGUAUUGGCAACCUCCUGAGACUGUGACCAUGGCCAAGAGACAGGGUUUCAUGUACUGUCUGUUGUGUUAUGAUCUCAAUUUGUAAACUAUUUUGGCUUCAUAUUAAAGUUGAUUUAUCAUACUUGAUACAAAUGCAAAAUGCACACAAAAACAAAAAACAAUUGUUAAUUUGUAG